GGAUGGGGCAGCAGGAGAAGGGGCCGAGUCAGUGGGUUCGUUACUUUUCAUGACGAAGAACCCCCCCAGAACUGCUUCGCCUACUCUUAGAAAGGUCGCUUUUUCUAGUCUUAAGCUGACGAUGAGAGUGAGACUACCUAGGGAAGCGGGCUGCCUCUUGAGUUGGUACUGGUUGGGAAAGGGACUUAGUUUGGGUUUUGAGAGUUUGGGUUUUGCGAGUUUGGGUUUUGAGAGUUUGGGCCCUGAGAGUUUGGGCCUUGAAGGCUGAGAGCUGAAAGUUUGGGUGCUGAGAGUUUGUGUUUUGCGACGAGUUUGGGCCCUGAGAGUUUGGGUCCUGAGAGUGUCGGGCUUCAGAGUUUGGGUUUUGAAAGUUUGGGCUUUGAGAAUUUGGGUCCUUGGAGUUUGGAUCCUGAGCGCCUUGGUCUUGAGAGUUUGGGUCUUGAGAGUUUGCGCCCUGAGAAUUUGGGCCUUGAGGUUGAGGGUUUAUUGGGUUCUGAGAGUUUGGGUGCUGAGAGUUUGGGCCUGGGGGUGGGGAGUUUGGGUUUGGAGAGUUUGGGUUUUGAGAGUUUCGGCUUUGAGGGCUUCGGUUUUGAGACUUUCGGCCUUGAGAGUUUGGGUCCUGAGCCUGACGGUUUGGGCCUUGAGGGUCGGCGCCUUGAGACUUUGGCUCUUAAGAGUUUGGGCCUUGAGAGUUUGGGCUUUGAGACUUGGGGUCCUCAGGCUUUGGGCCUUGAGGCUUUGGGCUUUGAGACUGAUAAGUGAACAUGCCAACGCCUAAACCAGGAAGCCCACUGGGCAGUUGGCUUAGUGGCUUAGGCGUUGGCUUGUUCGCUCAUCAAUCAAACUGCCAAGGGACUGCGCAGCUAGCUUAGUGGCCUAGGCGUUGGCCUGUUCACUUAUCAGAGACCUCGGGCCUUGAGCCUUUGGGUUUUCAGAGCUUGGGUCCUGAGGAUUUUGGUUUUUCGUUUUGUAUUCUCAUUUUCCGUGAUUAAUAUACAAUUAGCAUCUUGACCAUAUUUUUAAUGCUAAAGCUAAUGGUGUCUCGUUGUAUUUUCUUGACGUAAAUCAAUCAGUAGCAUUCCUUCAGGAAAAACAUGGCGUGAUGCAUGAUUAGCGAUCAGCUGUGAAGUCGACGCCGAUGCUUACAAAAAGGCCACAGCGACAAACAGUUGCUAGAAGUUAACGACAAUAUAGCUGCUGCAAAAAAGAUUUUCGCUUUACAUUACAACAGGCAAAUUGGAAGCUUGAACGAAGUUCUUCCCUAUAGUAUCAAUUUCGAGUAGUCAUUCUCAUUUGUGAUUCAUUUUUGGCCUACACACUAACACUAGAAUGUUGCUACCUGUAGUACUGCCAUUGUUGUUGCUAAACGCCCUUACCUGCAUGAGUGAAAGGAAGAAUUAUGAGUAGAUCGCUCUUUAUGUUUAAAGAUGUUUUAUCAUUAUCAGGCAUAUACAUUGUUCCCCUUACUCGUCCUCGCAUUACGCAUUUCAUAAUCUUGAUUCUUUUGUGUAAAACCUUCUGAUGAAAUUUGAAACCUCAUAUUUAUACUUUUUAUAGUAUCGUCUUUUUCUCAUUGAAAAAGUUGGUUCGUCCUGUGAUGUGUAAGAAGAAGGUAAGAUGACCAUUCAUUAGAUGGAACUCAUUCAAGUAGACGCCUCUUUAUUUACUGAAACAGAAAUAGAGUAGAAUUCACUAUUACUCUUAGCAGAAAAUAAAAAUGCCAACCUCUUCUUCUUCUUCGUCUGCUGGCGAAGGCACGGGCGCGAGUAGGUCGCUCGCGCGUUUGCAUCGUGAAGCCAAGAAAUUGCUGGCGGACAACUCCUUGGAGACGAACGGUGUGGAAUUCGACGAGCAGAGUAUCAAAGAUAGUGCCAGCGAUGAUACAGCCGCCGCUGGUGAUAUUCGAUGGGUUGCCUACAUUCAGGGCCCGCUGCUGAGUAUCUGGCGUCAUGGCGUGUUUCGUGUGGAUAUCGAAUUUCCGAAAAACUACCCGUUCGAAGCGCCACGAGUAAAGUUUCACGAUCCGAUCUUUCAUCCGAACGUAAAUCCGGACGAUGGAUAUCUUUGCAUGCGAUUCCUGCAGGAUCAGUGGAGUCCCACGUACCGCAUUGACAGCGUGCUGCAAGUGUUGCGAGCCAUGCUGGCGGACCCGAAUUUCUCCGCGAGUGACAUUGGCGUGGAAACCGACAUGGGUCGCUUGAUGGAGCAGGAGGAUAAAGCACGCGGAAGUGGCAACCUUCCCGCAAAGCUCUUUCACUACACAAACAGCCAGGCGAUCGAAUUAAUCCGCGCAUCUCAGCUGCUCAAAGCGAGCGCGUCGGGGGCGCGUGGUCCUGGUGUGUACACCACUUGUUUGCCCCCGACUCUGGUAACCCAGGAGCAAGUGGUCAGUAACACUUCGUGCAAGGGCGCGGACUGGGUGAUCGAGCUCGACGUACCGGCUCUGCAAGGGGAGGGCUUUGCCGUAAACAAGUGCAACCAGGGCUACUCCAUCAAAGGCGCAGACCAUUACCUGGUGACGAAAGGACUCAAAGUUAGUUCAACCCACGGCGGUCUUGCACAGGCAAGCUAUAACUCAGUAGGCGCAGGAUGGGGAUCUGGAGCAUCUUGCAGCGAUAUUCAGUUGACGCUUCGGAACAGCGUAAUCCUCACGUUCGAACAGGCGAAGAGCUGCACCCCGAAUAUGAAAGCUGCCACACUGUUUCAGCGAACCGAAUACGGAACGCAGAGACCGAAAAGUGCCAAGCAAGCGCAGCAAGACUGGGCCGUCUACAAGGCUGGUGUUGAGCGCAGCAUCGAGCUGUACGGAGGGCACCGUAGCACAGCUGCCCGACAAGUGAUCUCACUCGGCGAUAGGGACUCUGAUUUCGAUAACAUUACAGCAGAUGUGGCUAAGUUCAAAAAGAAUUUUCCUGACUUCGGCAAGAAUGCAGGUGGCCAACAGGUCUCGAGCUCAACUUCUACUGCUGGUUCGGGACUCCUUGCCAAGAAUGCUUUUAAAAAGUUCCGUUUUCCGUGGGGACAAGGAAGUUCUCAGCAAGCCCCAGGCGCAUCAUCCUCAUCAAGCGCCGUAGGUGGCACGAAUCCACCACAUCAACAUCUAGCUGGCACCGCAAAUGUCAAUCCUUCUGCGGAGUUUUGGGACCACGUGUUAUAUCAAGACGGCGCUUUGGGUUUGCCGCACGACCUCGAGAAGGACGACUGGAAGCUGAGCGACGUGGCGGAAUUGGGAAGCAAUGUUAUAAAAGCUAGUGCACCAAGACCAAGACCAAGACCAACAGCAAAAGCAAAUGCAAAUGGAGUGGCAACCGCGUCGGGUUCUUCGUCCUCUGGAGCAGACGAGGCCGAUAAGAAUAACAACAACAACAACAACAACAACGACGACGACGACGACUCAGAAAGUAGAAGUUGUGACCACACAUUCACAUGUGCGAUUUGCUUCGAACCCCUCGACUUCGAUGAAGAUGGGAAUCCUCCGAAGGCGGAUAGCAUCGCCACACUGAAGGGCUGCAAGCAUGUGUUCCACAGAACGUGCAUUGAGGAGUGGUUUAAGCAAGGCAAGCUGGCAUGCCCCAUUUGUAAGCAUGCAGUCACGGGAAAGGUCAUCGGCAAGGGCCCUCGCAAGGGAACAAUGAGUUGGUGUGCAAGUCGCACGCCAUGUGCUGGCUGCACAGACAUCGGGGGAUGCGAUGACCCUUGGUAGAAUCUUCUACUUAAGCAAAAAAUCGUUUCUGGCCUCUAGUUGACACCGCUCGUUAAAGAAUAUAAGUACAUGGUUACACUUUUAGCAGUUGGCUCUAAGCGACAGUGGUCUCUUACAAGCACAACUUCGGCACUGAAUAAGUAGAAAAACUAACAGUAAUAGAUCGAUCCAUUGAUUUUGAUAUGAGUGAUAUGUUCAUUCUGCUGCUUAACGCAUCUUCUCCGUAUCGCAGCAUAUUAAGUAAUGCAGAUCGAUGAUCUUCAUUUAUCCGAUGCUAUCUCAGGUGUUCCCCACGACACGGCAAGCAUGGGAAGAACAACAAGUCGAAACGUGCUUUUAGCUACUAUCAAAGCAUCGCGGUGACAUUCGAUUUUCCUGCUUCCAAAACAGACGACCAACAACCGCAGCGCUACGACUCGCGCUCGGAAACUGCAUGGCUUCCGUACAAUGCCGAGGGGCUCACGUUGUUGGAACUGUUCAAAGUCGCUUUCCGUCGGCGAACAAUGUUCGGGAUCGGAACCCGUUUAACGCUGCAGACGUUCGCGCCGACGUUCAACAUCCACAUCAAAACGAGGCCCACAGGCGGGGCCACGUCCCACGCGUAUCCGGACCCCGCUUAUUUCGACAACGCGCUGGGAGAGUUGGAGACAAAUGGUAUUGACGUGCUCGACCUCCCGCAGGCCUGGCUCGCUUGGUUCCCACAGACGCCUUUUGGAAAACCGCUAAUUCAGAAAGCUCGCGUUCGCAGAGGACUGGCCGUCGACAAAGCUGCGGAGAAGAAGGACGCCUCAUCUUCUGCAGUACCUAAAAGCCUUGCUCCGUCUUCGACGUCCUCUUCAUCUUCAUCUGCUACUGGCAGUAAGACGGGGAAUGCAGGCAGAAAAAAUCGCGAAGCAAUAUCUCCAGCGCCAGGUGGAUACAGUACAUAUUCAGCGUCUCAUAAUCUGGGUGCAUCUUCAUCAAUGGCGCGAGCCGCUCCUGGGGGUCCAUUUUGUACCAGUGCGUCAACCUUUUUCCCAGGCACAAACUAUUCGUCUGCGGGGACGGGAGGAACCUUGCAAACUCAGUCACCUCGAAAAGCUUCUACUGGAGGUGCUGACCCCUCAGCCUCAUCCUCCUCGGUUGGAGGAGCAGCGACGGCCGCGCCAUCGAGUAGCGCUUUAGCUCCCCCGUCCACAUCUAACGCCGGGCUUGGCGUGAACAGCAAGCGAGCUCCUGUAUCUCCAACUCCAAUAGAAGAUGGUAGCUCGGUAGGCUCCCCUUCUUCUCAAGCAUCUAACGCGCCUGUUGGUAAUUAUACGUCGGUCUUGACUGCUGGUAGGACUUUUGCUGGUACAGCAUCUGCGACGUCACAACAGAAUCAUCAGCAUCCUGCAACGAAGCGGCGUAGAAGCAACGACAGAGGCCUACCCGUUUCUCUCAGUACGACAGGCGGCCAAACAGGGUCGCUUCCCGCUUCUCCUGCUUUCGGUGCAGCGUCGAGUUCGACUGGUGCGUAUGGUCCUUUGGCUUCAUCAGCGUCAUACUCAACCUCUCAUCAAUUAAAUGCUGUUGCUGCAGUAGAUGGAGGAGGCUUAGCCGCUUCAUUGGGAGGACCUACAAUUAGUUCAACAGGCGCACAUCAAGGAGCUUUUAAUCCGCCCACUAGAACAGCUUCGACAAAUGUGAGCGCACCGGCAGCUGGAGGAGCUGCGAACACCAAAGCUCGCGAUGUCGCUGACGUGACACGGUUGUCAAUAUCCGACGCGGAACUCCUCCUUAAAUACAAUAACAACGACGUGCAGCAGGCGCUUCAAGACUAUUUCGGCGACCAGAGGGUAAUUCAAUCGUAUAAACUCAUGGACCAGAUGGACGUGGAUGAUCAAUAGUGAAGUAGACAGCCCGAGCCCGUUCUUAUACAUAGAAAUAGUCUAACUAGUACGCUCAUUCUUCUUGUAUGUGUACCUAGUACUACAUUUUGAUUAAGUAUACUGUCCGAGACCAUGUCCAUCUUCAAUCUUUUUAUCGAAGCCCGCUCUUGAGUUUUCGCCCUGCGAAUUUCCCGUUCUUCUUGUAUCCUCGAGUUAUUCCAACGAAAAGGCUCUAGAUCUACUGUUUGUACUGUUCAUUCUUCUAACGAGCACCAUCGUUCUUGCUCAUUCCUCUUAUAUCAACAAGCAUAUUUUUGGAUUUUAUUUUUCUUCAUGAGCAUAACCUGAACCGAAUAGAAGUAACAUAGGUACUCGCAAGGCCUGUUUCACUCCAUUUAAUCAACUCCUUCCUACGAAGAUAGCGCGUUCAUAUUUUUCUAUGUUGAAUUCCUAGCCCUACAUACAUAGGACGAGGAAAAGACCAAUACUCGCAACUGCAGUCGCCACAUUAUUUAUGUUAUAAUAUAAUACAUUAGACUUACUCUUACAAUUAUUUUUUGGCACAAGAAAUGAAAAUGGCGGUCGAUUUGUUCUCCUGUUCCGCCGACUAUUAAAGAUCAGGAACUGUUUCGUCAUGUGAAGAGUGUUCUUCUUCCUGUCCAGGUUUCCUGAUGUUUAUAAAAUAUAUUAAAGAAGAGUAGAAGAAGAAGAGCG